UGUCAAGAGCACCUCUUAACAAUGGGACAUGAUUUAAUCUGUUUUUCCAUCUUUCUUCACACAUUUGCCAAUGAAAUCCUUGAUAAAACUUCCUGAAGUUGUGAUAUUUUACUUACAGUGUUUGAACGAAUACAUAGCUCAUAGCUAUACUGUUGUUAGAAAUAUUUUGGGUUAAGCAGAGAAGGAACAUGAUCACGGUUGGUAAAUGACAAGUGCAGAGUGAGCUAUUGUGUUUGGGGUUUUUAGUCGGUGAGAUAUUUGAUACAUGAGAGCAGUAAUGCGAUAAGCUACAAGGAAGUUUAUAUGUCUGAGUUGCAAGUUGUAAAAUAAACUUAAAGCUUGGUUAAACUAAUGGAAACAUGCUGAAAUGCCUGAAUGAAAUGUCUUAUGACUUAAAAAAAUGUGCAGAUUUUAAGCAAACUGUUUGUUUAGAAGUAAAAAGGACCUAAAAGCAUUUGAGGAAAUGUGCCUUUCAAGGCAAAUAAGACUUCAAUAGGAAGUGGUUUUAGUGGACUUGAUGAUUUAUACGACUGAAAAUGGCUGAGCCAAAUAUGUAUGUACAGUUGACUGGACUAUCAUUAGACCCGAGAUACGAUGAUGGAGAAAUUUACGCCAAUACACCUAGCUCAGCGCCUGCACCCGUUUCAAGUGAACCUUAUGGCCUUGAACUAGAUUAUUACUAUGGUGAUAUUUCAAAGUCAGAGGUCAACGAGCUAUUGAUGGGGAAACCUGAUGGAUCGUUUCUAGUUCGAGAUGCCUCAACACCUGGCGAUUACACCCUGACACUAAAAAAAGGCGGUGCAAAUAAGUUGAUUAAGAUUUAUAAUUGUGUAGGAAAGUUUGGGUUUUCAGAUCCUUAUGAAUUUGAUUCGCUGAAGGAUUUAAUCGAUUACCACAGAGUGAAUUCCCUUCAAUCAUAUAAUCCCUCGCUGGAUAUGAAACUGUUAUAUCCAGUUACCCGGGAAGUCAAAAGGGAUUCUUUUGGCGAUGACUCCAAACGAAAACAAGACUACAGGGAACUUGUGGAAAAACUCCGUUGUGAGGAAAAUGAACUCAGCCAUAUGUAUGAAGAGCAGGAGAUAUGUUUGCAAGACCUCAAUGAGAACACAAAGCUUCUUGAGGCUCUGGAGAUGACCGUCGCUGUCUAUACAGAGCAGGUUGAGCGACAUCGUGAGUUCCAUGGGGAUGUAGCAGCAGGCGAACUUAACAAAGUCCACCACAAUUUCUCUGCUCUGUUGGAGAGACGCCGAGAGAUUGGUGAAUACAAAGAGCAAGUGGACCAAGUUCUCAAGCAGAUUGUACAGGAGAACCGGAUUAUAACUGCAAAUAUCAAGGAUAAAAAGGAGAGCGUUGUAAAGCUUUCAAAGGACAAAUUGCGCAAACAAAGAUAUCUGGUUGAGACUGGGUUGUUGCCUCAUUCCGUGGAGGAGACAUGGUACGUUGAAUGUACCAGGGACGAGGCAGAGAAACUUCUGAUGCAUUCAGACCCCAUGGAUCCUCACUACAGGCAAUUUUCCGACACUGGAACAUUCCUUGUCAGGAAAGGGGAGAAAAAUGGCACAGAUUGUUAUGCAAUUUCAAUUGUUUUUGAUGGGAAAAUAUCGCACCUUAAGAUUUUCUACGAUGAGAUACAUGGGUAUGGGCUAUCUGCGCAGACUUUAUCACACCCAUCGCUUAUAGAUCUGGUCCUAUAUUACGAACAGACGUCUUUAGAGACAUUAUACAAAAAAGUGAAAUCCCGUUUAGUGUACCCUUAUAAAAGCAUGGAAAGCUUUAAAUACUAUGACGCUGAACCAAUAAGGAAUUAUCGAGUUAUCAAACUGAAAAUGGCAGAGCCAUAUAUGGAUGUGCAGAUGUCUGGAUUAUCAUUACACUCAAGAUACGAUAAUGGAAAAAAUAAGGCUAAUUAUACACACGAUUCAGCGCCUUCACCCAGUUCAAGUGCAUCUGAUGGCCUUGAACUAGAUUAUUACUAUUGUGAUAUUUCAAAGUCAGAGGUCAACGAGCUAUUGAUGGGGAAACCUGAUGGAUCUUUUCUAGUUCGGGAUGCCUCAACACCUGGCGAUUACACCCUGACACUAAAAAAAGGCGGUGCAAAUAAGUUGAUAAAGAUUUAUAAUUAUGUAGGAAAGUUUGGGUUUUCAGAUCCGUAUGAAUUUGAUUCUUUGAAGGAUUUAAUUGAUUAUCACAAAGUGAAUUCUCUCCAAUUAUAUAAUCCCUUGCUGGAUAUAAAACUGCUUUAUCCAGUUAUCAGGGAAGUCAAAAGGGAUUCCUUUGGAGAUGACACAAAACGAAAACAAGACUACAGGGAACUAGUGGACAAACUCCGUUGUGAGGAAAUGGAACUUGGGAACAUGUAUGACAAGCAGGAGAUUUGUUUGCGCGACCUCAGAGAGAACACAAAGCUUCUUGAAGCUCUGGAAACGACAGUCGCCGUAUAUACACAGCAGGUUGAGCGACAUCGCGAGUUCCAUGGGGAUGUAGCAGCAGGCGAUCUUUACAAAGUCCUAAAUAAUAACACCGCUCUUUUGGACAGAAAGCGAGAGAUUUGCGAGUACAAGAACCAAGUGGACCUACUACACAAGCAGAUUUUACAAGAGAACAGGAUAAUAACUUUGAAAAUCAAGGAUCAAAAGAAAAAUGUUUUAAAUCUGUUAACGGAAAAAAUGCGCAAACAAAGAUAUCUGGUAAAGACUGGGUUGUUGCCUCAUUCCGUGGAGGAGACAUGGUAUGUUGAAUGUACCCGGGACGAGGCUGAGAAACUUCUGAAGCACCCAGACCCAAUGGACCCUCACUACGGGCAAUUGUGUGACUCUGGAACAUUCUUGGUCAGGAAAGGGGUGAAAAAUGGCACGGAUUGCUAUGCCAUUUCAAUUGUUGCUGAUGGGAAGAUAUUGCAUAGCAAGAUAUACUUCGAUGAGAAACAUGGGUAUGGGCUAUCUGCGCAGGAUUUAUCACAUCCAUCGCUUACAGAUCUGGUCCUUCAUUGCGAACAGGCGUCUGUAGUGAAAUUACCUCUAUUGUUUCCUUAUAAAAGCAUGGAAAGCUUUAAAUGGUAUUUUUAUUGAUGAUUGUUGCAAUUCUGUAUGCGAUCAGAUGUGUUUGGUCUGGUUUCCAAAUCAUUGUUAGUUUUACAUUAAUUAAAGAUAUUGUGCUAAAAACACUUAAAGUUACCUACUCUAUUUGUUUAACUAAUUGUUAUUUUAUGUAGUUUAUAUCAUGAACUCAUAAUUUAAAGAAUAACACAAAUGGUGUGUCAAACAAGGGUGGUCACCAUCAAAUCGUUUUUUUUAAAGUUUUUAUAAAAGCCAUGGUGAAUAUGCUUAUGUAAACAGACUCAUAUUUUGCCCCAUCAUCUCAGUACAAUCCAACAUUUCCAAAUUAAAGGGGCCUUUUCACGUUUUGGUAAAUUGACAAAGUUUAACAAAAUAUUGUUUCGGAUUCGCUUUAGUUUCGUUGUAUUUAUGAUAUUUGUGAGAAAACAGUAAUACUGAACAUUUACCAUGCUCUAAAAUAUGCAUUAGAUGCAUCUUUUGACGAUUUAAAAAGCUGAAAAUUAAAAAGCGUUGCAACGCGAAACGAUUGAAUAAUUUGGAGAGUUCUGUUGUUGUCGUUAUAU